UUUCCUGCUACGCUAUCAGUCCAGGUUGAACCUUGAGCAGAAAAACAUGAUAAGGCGAAUUCAUAAUACAUAUGCACAUGUCUAUGGCGGUGAGAUUGUCCCUGCGCUCUGGCAAGGCUAUGACUUCUGAGCGGCUGGCACACUGGCGGAUCUCUUCUCGCAGCAGCAGGUCUUCUGGCCACCUCUCGCGACUAAAAAACACUCGGUAUCAGAGAACUGGCGGGUUCAGAGCUCGGGACGCUCAUGCAUGAGACGAUUCGUAUCUCAUGCAUAACAAUAUACCAAGUAUAAUACAGCCACAACGCCUAAAAGCUGGCCAAAGAAGGUUGCAUUUGACCCGGGCUUUGUUCCUCACACCUUCGUGUUGGAUUGGGGUGGUUUGGUGGGCGGUGACACAAGUCACGUGCAACGCCCUUAGUGAUCUGUCACUAACAGCGAGAGAUCAGAAUUUCGGGCGUGCUGGCCCAUCCGCUAUCGAGUGGGCGCGCCUUCCACCAGAGCUCCCGCGCUCGUAGUCCGUGACGCCGCCGUCGUCGGCUAUCGAACGGAUUCCCCGCCCGACUGCCGACCUCGAGUAAAACAAGCGUGCACUUGAGCGCCACAGUCGGUGCAAGUGCUUGCUCGCUCAUGCUGCCCUCACUGACGCUACUGCCGCAUGUUCUUUCCGGGCAGGUGGGUCCGAGGGUGCUCACGCGCCAGGGAGGAGGGAGGAGGGAGGAGGGAGGAAGGGAGGAAGGAGGAGGAGGAGGAGAAGGAGGAGGAGGAGGCCGCCUCACCAGGCAGAGCUGUCCCGACUACGGGGAUCGGCGCGCAGCGCCGUAGCGCUCAGCUGGUGACGUGGCGUCGAGAAAUCCGUGUGCAAGUGCAGACUGCAAUUCGGCAGAGAUGGGCAGAAGAAAUCAAUUGUCAUUCCUUGCAAAUCCCUUUGAUUGCGGAUAGCUGCAAAUGUCGUCUGCCCACUUCGUAUGCGGACGAUUAGGGGCAGGAGAAAGAGGAGAAGAAAGGGCAGAAUCGAAGGUGUGGAAGCCUUGCACGCUAAUGGACGGUCGCUUGAACCCU